AAGAGCAAGCCGUCACCCUCCCUUGGACAUGUAAUUUCACAAAUCCCUCCCCCUCCCCACCCCCACAGAGCCAAUGCUACAUUGGUAAUGCUGGCUCGUAAUACCGAUCUCAAUGGCGUGAUAUCAAGUGUAGAACAGCUAGAGGCGAGGUUUAAUCGCAAGUUCAAUUACCCCUGGGUCUUUUUGAACGACGUGCCCUUCACCACCGACUUCAAAAGGCGUGUCAGCGUGUUAACCGACGCAGAUGUAUCUUUUGGUGUGAUCCCUCGUGAGAACUGGGUCCAGCCGGACUGGAUAGAUGAAGGACGAGCUCAGGAGGGACGCAAUAAGUUAGUGCGACAAGGUGUAAUUUAUGGCGGCAGCGUUUCUUACCGCAAUAUGUGCCGCUUUAACUCAGGGUUCUUUUUCCGCCAUGAGCUCUUAACGCCAUAUAAGUGGUACUGGAGAGUAGAGUCGGUUGUUCACUAUAUAGAUGAAUUGGGUUCUGACCUAUUCUGUAGGCCUGACGUUAGAUACUACUGUGACCUGGAUUAUGACCCCUUUCUAUUCAUGGAAGAACAUGACAAAGUUUAUGGCUUCACGAUAUCCAUGCCAGAAUGGGAACCAACUAUACCCUCGCUGUGGUCCACAGUGAAAGACUUCAUCACGGAGCAUCCUCAAUAUGUGUCACCAGACAACUCAAUGGACUUUCUAUCUGACAAUGCGGGCGAUUCCUACAACAUGUGUCACUUUUGGUCGAACUUCGAGAUUGCAGAUAUGGAUUUCUGGAGGAGCGAAGCCUACACGAAAUUUUUCGAGUACCUUGAGAACACAGGAGGGUUCUACUAUGAGAGAUGGGGAGACGCACCUGUUCAUAGCAUCGCCGCAGCCUUAUUCACGCGCAGGGAUCAAAUACAUUUCUUUAAGGAUAUAGGUUAUAAACACGCUGAAUUCGCUCAUUGUCCGCAAGGUAGACUGUGGCGGGAAGGACAUUGUUCGUGUGAUCCAAAUGAUAACUUUGGUGCGAUAAUACUCCGUAAUUCUCCUUGUGAGACUAACGACGGCACAGAUUUUGCGCAAAAUUCGUGCCUCAGGCACUUUAUGCGGUUGACCGAUUAGAUGAUUGAAAGUAGACGUUACAACUUCAUACGUGUAUUUCUACCAUAGGCUGCUGUAGACUACUACAGGAUAAACUAAUCUAAGUUGCUUGACCCUAGCAAUGCAUAUUUUUAUGAUCAUGACCACAUAUAUUGACCAGGCACGGUCAACAGGGACGAUAUGGUAACGAUAUGUCUGUUGAUAUUUUUCCUGGACCGAAUGUACAUCCAGAGAACGAACCACGUGGAGCUUUAGAACCGGCCCACGCCGCAAAGCGCAGUUCAUUAUAGGCUAACUUCUUUGUGUUAAUAAGGUUCCAAAGGGACUAGCGACUCUGUAAAGAUGAUGACGCCCAUGCGUUAUAUCUUGCUUUUCUUGGGUACUAUU